GAAAAGACAAGCCAGUUCCUGGAUUCCGAUGUCGGCCUAGAGAGCGGCUAAGUAGGUUGUUGGUGGCUAACUGAAGUAGGGCUAAACCGACCCACACGACACAGAAAAGACACUUCAAACCGUCGACAUUUGGGUAUAUUCUGCUGUUCAUCUACAGAGCCAGAGCAGGAAGGAGAACCUUGAACCAAAGAAACAAAGAGGGCUGAUAUGUAUCCAUCUACAUGAUAUCCAAGCAGCUGGUCACUUUCCAUAAGGGAUGCAGAAUGAGAGAGGACGGCUAUCUGCGAAGAAAGAGGUGGGAAGGGUCCCUGCAGCACCAAUCCCAGGCCAAGAGCAGUGGCACCUUGCUGAGCUAUGUUGGGCUUCUUUAUGGAAGGAGUUGAUUCUGUCACAGUACAAGUAGAGUCUGAAGCUUCAGACUGAAGAGUCCUGUCUGAAGACUUGAACAGAAUCCUCGUGGAUGUUAAUUUUUUUUUUAACCUUUUAAAGCAAACAACUUUAUGUUUAACUCUUUAAAACUCUUUAGGCCUUUUUUGGAACUCUUAAAAGUAUUUUUUUUAAUCACUCCCAUUUGUACACUUUUUUUAUGUUGUGAAGCUUCCCACAACUAACUUAAAGGUGGAUUUGUUUGAGUUGGUUUCCCUUCCUGACCGAGUUUGAAAUGCCAGAACUGCAUCUCCUGUCACCAUCCUGAGUUUCUUCCACCCAUCCAGUGCCUAAAUAAGCCCCCUGGGGACGAAGUCAUCAACAGCUGCUGUGCUCAAUCCUCUCUGCCUCUUCUGCUCCAUGUGCUUCUGUUCUGUCUGAUGGACUACCUCUUUAGUUUUCCUUUUAUUCUGUUAUCUUAACAGGAUAAUCAGAAAUCAAGCACAGUGAUGAACAUUUGAUGAAAUACUACCCCAGUUUUUAGGUUUUGUGCAUGUUGUUUUUUUGUUUUUCAUUUUUGUAUAUGCACAGCAGCAUUUAUACUGUUGCAUUACUGCACCAAAUACAGUAACAUUAAGCCAUAACAUAUUUAUAAAUUGCAUACAUAUAUUUUUGUACCGUUUAGUCUUGUAUAAAGAUAAAAAAGUAUGCAUAGAAUCUAAUGAUGUAAAGAAGCUGUGCACAUUCUAGUUCUGUGUGUUUAAAACUGUUUUAAAUUGGUGCCAGGGGACAUUUAAAUCUGCGCACAAAGAACCCCUCAUGUUUUCAUUCAGGUUCUUGUUAUCAUAGCGUCAGUUUUCCAGUCUUUACCCAUGAACCCUCUUAAACACCAAAAUUCCCAUUUUGAACUGUAAAACCCACUUCCACAGUAGGUAGACUGUUGAAUAUCUACCUCCCUCUCUUCUUCCUCUCUGACACUGAUGCCCAGUUUCAGUGGUGGGGUGGUUGGGGGAGGAGUAGGGGGCCCAGCUUCUGCUCCUCCCCGUCCGUUUCGCCCCAGCCGAUAUGUGCCGGUGUCUGCAGCCACAACUUUCCUGGUUGGGGCCACAACCCUCUUCUUUUGCUUCACUUGUCCAUGGUUGUCAGAGGACAUCUCAAGUGUGGUCCCCAUCUACAUGGCUGUAAUCUUUCUAUUCACUCUUGCCAACUUUUGCAUGGCUACAUUCAUGGAUCCUGGAGUCUUCCCCAGAGCUGAGGAGGAUGAGGAUAAGGAGGAUGAUUUCCGUGCUCCUCUCUACAAGACUGUUGAGAUCAGAGCCAUCCAGGUGCGGAUGAAGUGGUGCUCAACCUGCCGGUUCUACCGACCGCCGCGCUGCUCUCACUGCUCAGUCUGCGACAACUGUGUGGAGGAUUUCGACCACCACUGUCCCUGGGUGAACAACUGUAUCGGCCGAAGGAAUUAUCGUUAUUUCUUCCUCUUUUUGCUGUCUUUAACCACCCACAUUGUGAACGUUUUCGGCUUCGGCUUGGUUUACGUCCUGCAUCACCGCCACCAGCUGGACACGCCGCAUGCUGCUGUUACUAUGGGUGUGAUGUGUGUAGCUGGUCUGUUUUUUGUCCCAGUUGCUGGCCUGACUGGGUUCCACAUAGUACUGGUGGCCCGUGGUCGGACCACUAAUGAACAGGUGACAGGGAAGUUCAGAGGAGGUGUCAACCCUUUCACCAAGGGCUGCCUGAGGAAUAUUUCCCAUGUUCUCUGCAGCCCCCUGGCCCCGAGGUACAUGGGCCGCUGGUGGAACCGUCAGACAGUGGAAGUGCAGCCCCCGUUUUUGAGACCGUCUCUAACUGAGGCACAGCUUGAAGCUAAGGUUCUGGACAAUGGCAUCCAGAAUGACCGACACAGCACCAGGUCUAAGAGCAGUCUGAAUCAGAUGGAGAGCCAGUCUGAGGAUACAGAGGCUCCUCCUCCUCCGAAGCCGGACCUUCGUUAUCCCGGUCUACCCCGGGCCGACACAGAAGCCAGCAGCUUGUUGUCGGAGGCUCCGCCCACACCUUCAAUGUAUAAGUACCGACCAGCCUACAGCAGCCCAGGGAAAAACCACGCUGCUGUCACACAUCCAAAUAAGAUGACCCGUGGGGAGAGUCUCGACUCUCAGCCACCCUCCAUCCUUCAUUCCAGCCGCCAGCCUAGCUACCGCUCGGAGCCGAGCAGCCUGGAUGGGGCCACAGUGGUGGGAAGAGGUGUAGGGGUGCGCAGAGGGGGAGGGGACAGGGGUGAGGGUCCUGGAGGCCCCGGCGGGGUCGCUGGUGUGGUGUCAGGGGGCAUGUCGGGUUACUCCCUGACUGGGCGCUCCUACACCUCCUACCCAUCCUCGCUGGUUCUGUCCACGGGCGGCUCCCACUCAUCCAGCCUGCGCUCAGCACAGACUGUACAUAACCCGCUGGCCACGCUCCAAUCAGAGGGCACCACAGACACCAGCUACAAAAGCCUUGCCAAUCAGACGCCUCGGAAUGGCAGCCUGUCCUACGACAGCCUUCUGACGCCAUCCGAGAGCCCGGAGUUCGAAUCUGCUGCCCAUGAGCUGUCACCACAGAAGCCUCACGUUCCGUUCCCCCCAUUGGCUGGAGUGGGCCGACCCGGGAUGGUGUCGCACAGUAGCCCGCUGCAGGGCUACACGUCGCCCUUCCUCUCAGCUCAGAUCACUCAGCAGAGGGAGGGGCAGCUACUCCAGGGCUCCACCACUUUCUCCUCCCCCCAUAGGGCCUACCUGCGUGCAGUCAGCCCACCCCCUUCCUCUUCCCCCGGGCCUCCCGAGGCCCAGCACCUGCUCCAUCAUAACCAGGACCAGAUUCCCCGAAUCCCUCGAAAUCCUUCCUCCUCAUCCUCUUCCCCGGGGGCUCGCUCUCUAGACCCCCCAGUCUCCCCGCCACCUCGCGGCCUCUCCCUCAGCAGGUCCCCGAUUCACAUAGGGGACACGGGGCCUCAGCACAAGCCUCGGCCAGCAGGGGCGGGCACUGUGCUGGGAGGGGGAGGAGCUGGAGGAGGGCUACAGGCUCCACAAUCAAUCUCUCGCCCAGUCUUGGCCAAUCACGGCGCAUCCAAACCAGUGGGCGGGGUGAAGAAGGUAACCGGCGUUGGAGGGACCACAUACGAGAUCUCGGUUUGAGUGACGAAAGUCCAGAGUGAUCCAAGACAAGGAUGGGUUUGGAGGAACUAAACGUAUAAAAAUGUCACAUCUUGCACUCGCACUUGCGCAUCUUUAUCUUAGCUGGAGAUUAUUCAUGACCGAAAGCCUCCGAGGAGCGGUUCUUCUGCUGUGGACUCCUGAAGAUGGCUUGUCCGGUACUCGUUUCAUCUUGAUGGCGCUGGCCAGUCUUCUCCACCAGCCUUUCAGGUUUCAUCAAAGAGAAACCGGGGAAGCUGAUUCAUCUCACUGGAUCAGUUGCCUCUAUUUUUGCCACUUUGUGAGCCAUAGACUGAUGUGACUGUCAUAACGGCUGGGUACAAACAUGUCUAUGAAACACAUAAACCUAUUUCCAUGAUCUGUUAUGAUGUGUUGGUUCAUUAAGACAAAGUAUUGACAAGUGUGUCCAACACUUAAGGAAAAGGCGAUGUUCAAUUUUGACCAAUAGUAACAUCUGCAUGGACCACACAGAUGGAUGAGUCCAACCUAUUAACAGUAUCAUUUAAGUUUUGUAUUUUUUUAAAUAUCAUUUUAUAUAAAUGUAAAAAAAAAAUCAGAUUAUUAUAUAGUAAAAAUGUCAGAUAUUGAAGAUGAUGGUGGCAGAUGUAUGUAAUUAAUCAUGAAAGCUAUUUUAGAUCAUUUGCCUGUUUAAUUUUUUUUUCUAUAUUUGAUGGCUGCAUCAGCCACUUGCAACCUCUUGCUAGAGUUUUGUUUCUUUGUUUUGUCAUCCAAAGACAGAUAUGAUCCUUGCAGGGCACCAGGUGUGGCAAAUAAUCAAAAUAUUUUUAAGAAAGAAAAAGAGAAAUUUGAAUCCCUAUGGUUGCAGCACAAGCAUCUUUGUGGAAUGUACGCUUGUAAUGUUUAUGCUAGAAGCAUUAUGCAAAACCUGUCUGUAGCUUUAAGAUCAUUGUAUGUCUUUUUGGUGUUUUUGUUCAUUUUAUUUUCGCUACUUUUCAGUAAAUUGUAAAUUAGUUUUAAAUGCUACCGACCGCAUACUUUUUAACUUAUGUUUAGCCAAAUAGGGGCAGAAAAGGGAAGGGCUUAUUUAUUGCACCAGGAAAACAGUUAUCUGCACUAAUUACGCUCAGCAGAAAAAGAAAAAAUAUCUUAUAUCAAAAAAAAUCUGAAUACAAAAUUCCACUAAAUGCAUCGCAUACUUUUUUCUUUUUUAAUAUUGCCUUGAAACCUUACAUAGAGAUUAGGCAUGGGCUGGUAUGAAAUUCUCUCAAUAUAAUAAACUGCAUUAGAAAUAAAAAAAUGUUAAAACAUGAAACAAUUAAAAAAAAUGUUUUAACUUUUUCUGUUUUAUUACACAGUUAAGCUCCUAGGUGUUUGUACCCUGGCAGGUUUUAAUUGGAAAUUGCUCUCUUAAAGAAAAAAGAAUGUAAUUAAAAUGCCUCAUUAGAAAAGAAAAGCAGGUUUUAUUUACACAAUAACAUACAACAUCCUAAAAAUGAUUUACUCUUCUAAAAAAUGAAGGGAAAAUCUUUGCUGCAAUCCAGCAAAUCCUUACAAUAACCCAUUCUUAAAAUUGCUUUGAGUUGUUUUAUACAGUAAUUUUCCGAUUUAUGUCUGGUGAUUAGCUCCAAGUCCGUGUUUUAAAGGCCUCCUUGACAUCGCCAUAAUCUGGGACUCUUCAAUUAUAUUCUAAGUUAGAAGAAAUUAGGCUAAGGGCUUGAUUUAAUUGGCAUUGUGUAAAUAUCUGCCUUCUUUUAUAUUUGCAUUUGAUGCAGAACAUGGUUUAUGUUCUCCAUGUUCUCUUUAUAGUUUAAUACUUGGAGCUAAUAUAAUUUAUUUAUGCUAACUUUUCUAGUAGCUAGCCACAUUUCAGCUGCUUUAAAGAUGUACCCUUCUUAGCUAGCCAACUUUUUUUUUGUUCCCUCUCAAUUUCUUUUUAAGGUAAAAUGUCCCCAAAUAGUAUAUUGUAUCAAUUCCAGAAAGCUGAGUAACAUUUUAUGGCCUUUCAGCCAGCUGACAAGCAGGGCGCAGCAGAGGACUGGAAGGGCCUAAAACAGAGAAAACAGUCCAUCAUGUUUCUAUCCUGGCAUAUUUUCUAUGGAUUUUAAACUGUGAGGACGAUGGAAACUUCAGCAGCUGAAAUUCUUGUAAACUUUGACCAGCCCAUGCCUAAUGGUGAAUCAAGUUUUCUUUUUUCCCUAUUGAAAAGUAAAGUGUCCUAAAUCUAUUUGAUUGGCUCGUUUAUUUUGACCAUUUAUUGUUCACCCUCUGCCAUGUUGAGAACAGAUCUUAGACAAAGGGAGAAGCUUGUUCUGGUCUGGGCAUUGCAGACUUUGUACCCUUUUUUUUUUGGUUUUUCUUUUGUUAAAGACCCACGUAGUGUUUGCAGUAGAAUGUCAAAGCUUUGUGAAUGUGGCACAUCUGUAGAGGGGAGAUGAAUGCUGUAAGCACAUGAGUAACAGACCCAAACAAAUGUGUUGUGAGUUUCCAACCCAACCAGGCUAUAACUUUAGCAUGCAUGUGUUUUAGUUUUUUUUUCUUUCAGUUUAUUUUCGGUCACACCAAUUGCUUCACUUCUGUGCAUUCUUUUGUGAUCGUCAGUUCCAACCCACUUCACCUGUGGGUGACAGAAACCAACAUCACUGAUGGCACAAACCUGCGUUACUUCCCAGUGCAGCGGACAAAGACUAUGGCCACUGAAGGACUAUGAAAACGUGGGCACAUAGGAAGUACUUUGAGAGAUUGCAUAUUGUUAUCGAUGGUUGUGACGGAUGGAAUGAGUUUCACAAAUAGCUGUAGUCAGUAUAUGAGAUACAUUUCCAAAAUGGCCUUAUAAAGAAUUUUUAAGAAGAUGUCU